UCAAUGGCAAUCUUUGUGUCAACAAGCAUGCAUGCAGAGUUUACUGUGUUUUUGUUUAAUCUUGUAAUCUUGUUUUUAAAAUGUUUUGAGUUUUUUAAAUACAGCUUUUUGCUCAUUACACACUAAGAUAAAAAAAAAUCCUCUGUGUUACAGUGUAUCACAUCAGUCGUUAUUAUCCCAGAUGAUGUCUGUCUUAAAAUUGAAAACAAAUAUAAAAUAGGCUAACAGUAGUAAUGAAGUACCUAUAGCAUUUACGUUGUUACAGAGUAUUUCUGUUUGUGUAAAAGGAUUCUUCAUAAAAUGAGUGCAAAAGAAAAUCUGGUUGGAUGUGGAAAUAAUUUUUGCUGUCACAUUCAAACUAUGUCUUAUCUACCACCUAUUUUCUCUGUCAGAAUUUGGUCCCAGGCUCCAUCCUCUAACCUCUAUUAAUUCCAUCUGGUCCCAUCAGAGGACUUCUUCCUUCAUUUUGCUUUGGUUUGUAGGUGAAUAUGGAAAGUAUCAAAGUAAUUUUUACUCUGCUUUCAGUUCAUAUCACAUGCAUGACAAGAGUAGCUGAAAUUAUAAUUGUAGAAAAGUUUUUCCAAAGUGUCAGCUCAAACAGAUUUUAACACACAUGAGGUAUUAAGAAAGUUAAUGUUGAAAUCAAAGCAGCUGAUACUUGUGUGUAUCUGUUUGUGUAUUGUAAGUAUCUUGUUGGCCAGUAAUUAGAGGUUCACCUAGAAUAUAAGGUAAUGAAUUUUAAGUCCUGCAUGUUUUCUCUGUGAUUUAGAGGAGAUCAGCUUAAGUCCCAGUCUUUCUGAGCUUUCCACCAGAGAAAUUUUCUUGUGUUCCAAAUCAUACCCUGAUAUGCUAUUAGCAUAAUUCCUAAUAAGUACCCACAUUUAGUCAUUAAUUUGUUCACCUUUCAAGACCAGCCAUUCAUACUGCUACUGUUUGAGCUCUGGUGGCAUUCUUGCUAAAUGUGGGGGGGGAAAAAAAAAAGACCCUGCUGAACUUUAGGACCUGAAGUUAAAGCUCUAAUUGCCUCCUUUCUUGCCUUUCUGUAGCCAGCGUUUUAUAGGAUUAUGUUGCUGUGGGCACCGUUUUCAGGAAAGCCACCAGCAGAAUUCUGCAUUUAGUCCUUUGACUUCUUUCAGUUUUGCUUACGCUGCUGGCUGUGUUAUUUAGCCCUUUAUGUAACCUUCUCCUGCCCCGGGCUUGCGUUCACCUGUCAGAAUUAGCCAUUGCUGUACAAGCAAGACUUCCAAAUACUCUGCUUUAGAGUACACCACGUUCUCCUGCACAUAUAGCAGUUUGCGAUGGAUGGCCCCCUCAAUCACAGCUAGAGAAACACAUCUCUAAUGUAAUUUUGUAGAGUAUAAGCAUGAGUUAUAUGUCAGAUGGGUUCAAUGCAGACAGGAUUAAGCACGUAAAAACAAAAUACUUACAUAGUAGUGGAGUGACCAAAAGCAGCCAAGAAGGGCUUAGCAUUUACAGUAGGGAGUCUGAGAGAUGCCUGUUGUUACUGUUAAUGUUUAGCGUUUGCGAUUCAGCUCUUCAGCUUGCUCUAAGAGUGAAAAAAGAGGAAAGGAAACUUGACCUUGACCUCAGGAGUAAAGCUUGACCCCAUUGCUACUGGAAGAUUCAUGGAACUGCUCUUCCGGUUCCCAUAAUACCUUCAAGAAAGUUUUAGCAGCCAAAUCACAUGACCCCACAGCAGAAGGGCGCUUAGCCUAGUAAGUGCCACACAUGAUUUUUAUUCCUUUGGGAAAAAAAUUGGGCACAGACUUCCUGGUAGGCAGCCAGUGAGUGAAGUCAGGUGGAAUUUGCAUUCACUUGAUUAUAAUCAGCUUUGUCCCUUUAUUGGUGCCACCUCAGCCAUACACUGUUGCCACCUUCUCAUCUUGCCACUUACUGUCAUAAAGCUCAGCAGGGAAAAUAAACUGAGGCCACAGUACAUACGGAACUGUCUUGGCAAGAUUCGGCUGAUAAUUUGAAGUGGGUUCGCUUUCUCUGUGGAUAGGAGAUGAAGUCAGAACUAUAUGUUGUUUUGCAUAUAGGGAUCAUUAUUUUUAGACCAGCAGCAGGUCUUAGCCUCUGCAUGUAAUCCUCUCAGACAGAGCCACAUGAGGCAUCAAGGUUUGCAUGAAGUGUCUGUGGAGCUCAGUCAUUGGUGUUGUGUGUAGCUUGCGUUUUGGAAUUAUGAAUGCUCAAAGCACUGAGUGAUGUGAUAAUUUAAAGCUCAAUUACAUGUUCGUCUGUGUCAGCUUCUGUUUCAGGCAUGGCAGAUAUGUGAUAAAAGCUUUCUAUAAAACCAGAUCCCAAACUUACAUAAUUCUUAGUACAUUGGUGUUAUCUGCGUCGAGCCAGGGAGAUACAAGAUCGUCCUAUAACUAUGGCCAGAGUGCCACUGAGUUUGGAGUGUGUAUGUAUUGCAGACAGGAAUCUGCAUGCUCUCAUCAGCCAGAGACAGUGCAUAUAGAGGGAAUCUUGGUAUGUUUAAAGGUUAUCAGGACCCAUUCUGAAAAACACCAGCUGAACUGCCUGCAUUUGGUGCUGCCAGUGAGAAGGUUUGCCUAGGAUCUCAUCCCUCAGCUAUACAUAGCAAACUCAAAGCUCCUUACAGGGAAACCUCUUAUCAGUCACUUUCCACAAAUGGUGCAUAUACCUAAAGGUACUUAAUGAAAAUCCUUGAGAAGUAUUUAAUGUAAAAGCAGUUAGACUCUCUGGUGUUUUUCAGAGGCCACCACACACCACUCGCAAGGCGAAGUGCAGGGCAGCUACAGCACAGCACUUGGGCCAGUUACUCAUUUUGUCUCAACGAGGCUCUGCCACCCCAAGAGCUUGCCAGGAUGUGUGACAUGGGGGGGCUUGACAACCUGAUUGCCAACACAGCCUAUCUGCAGGCAAGGAAGAGUGGAGAUGGAGACACCAAGGAGAUGCAAAAGAGACGUAGGAGCCUCUCACUGCCCAAGAUUGAUCAGUGCGCUGAGGUUAGACAGUCCAUUGUUGUUGACUAUGACAGCAUCUGUGAGCAGCAGCCCAUUGGCAAGAAGUUCUUCAGAGACUUCUUAGAGACAGUGCCAGAAUAUUUGGUAGCUAGGGACUUCCUGGAUGAGGUGUCAAACUGGGAACUGGCAGAGGACAACGUCAAGAGCAGUACCAUGGAGAAUAUAAUCACCAAUUUUCUCAAGACAGGCUCCAAAAACUAUCUGGCUUUCUUGAGCUCUGACGUGGCCAGCAAAUGCCAGGCAGCUACUGCAAAAGACUAUGAGAAUGUCAUGCAGUUGGCCAAGGAGGAAACCAAAGUCUUCCUUAAAAACAAGCCCUUCCAGGACUUCCAGACCAGCCCCUUCUAUGACAAAUUUCUCCAAUGGAAAGUUUUUGAGAAGCAACCAGUAACUGAGAAAUACUUCUAUGAGUUCCGAGUGCUGGGCAAAGGUGGCUUUGGAGAGGUUUGUGCCAUCCAGGUGAAAAAUACUGGCAAGAUGUAUGCCUGCAAGAAACUAGAUAAGAAAAGGUUGAAAAAGAAAAAUGGAGAGAAGAUGGCACUGCUGGAGAAGGAGAUCCUGGAGAAGGUCAACUGCCCUUUCAUAGUCACACUAGCUUAUGCCUAUGAGAGCAAAAGCCAUCUGUGUCUUGUUAUGAGCCUCAUGAAUGGAGGGGAUUUGAAGUAUCACAUCUACAAUGUGGGAGAAAGGGGGCUGGAAAUGAACAGGGUCAUUUAUUACUCAGCUCAGAUCACCUGUGGGAUUCUGCAUCUCCAUUCCAUCAAGAUUGUGUACCGGGACAUGAAGCCAGAAAAUGUCCUCCUGGAUGAUAAUGGUAAUUGCAGACUGUCUGAUCUUGGACUGGCAGUGCAAGUCAAAGAGGGAAAAAGCAUCACUCAGAGGGCUGGGACAAAUGGUUAUAUGGCUCCGGAAAUCCUGAAGGAAGAAGAUUACAGCUAUCCUGUGGACUGGUUUGCUAUGGGAUGUAGUAUUUAUGAGAUGGUUGCUGGGCGAACACCAUUCAAGGAUUUCAAAGAAAAGGUCGGUAAGGAUGAGGUUAAAAGAAGAACUCUGGAAGAUGAGGUGAAAUUUGAACAUGACAAGUUUACAGAGGAAGCGAAAGAUAUUUGCCGACUGUUUUUGGCUAAGAAAACAGAGAAUCGUUUAGGAAGCAGAAAUGAAAAUGACGACCCAAGAAAACACAGUUUCUUCAAAACAAUAAAUUUCCACAGGCUAGAGGCAAACCUUAUCGAACCUCCAUUUGUGCCAGACCCAUCCGUUGUCUAUGCCAAAGAUGUUGGAGACAUUGCUGACUUCUCUGAAAUACGAGGAAUUGAGUUUGAUGACAAAGAUAAGAAGUUCUUCAAAAAGUUCGCAACGGGUGCUGUCCCUAUAGCCUGGCAGGAAGAAAUUAUUGAAACGGGACUGUUUGAAGAACUGAAUGAUCCUAACAGAGUAGAUUCCGGGGGAUACACAAAUGGAGUUGAAGCUAAGUCAGGAGUUUGUUUGUUAUUGUAAAUAUCACAUCAUUAACAAAAAGGGUAGAAAACACCUCAGAACUUUCCAUAUUCUGACACUGUUUCAGAAACUCAGUGCGUCUGUUUAAGAAGAAUGCAUCAGUGUUAAUAUGACAUUGACAGGCUAUGUAGGACCACCAGCUGUGUAGACUAUAUUGUUUUCCUUUGCUCUAGCAAAGGAGAUAAUAUUUUUGUUUUACGGGAGAUUUAUCAAGAUGAAGAACCAUAUUUCUCUAAGAAACUUAGAAUGAUAGAAAUUCUGAAAUACAAAAAGCAAUAAUAGAGUGAAGAGGCAACACCUUUUGAAAAUGACUGACUACCAUUUUAAAUGCAGUCAUUUGUUGGUUUUCUUUCUAUUUUCUUGUUAUUUCUAUUAACAUUUCCUCUUUGUUCUACAGUUUCCAGGAAAGAUUUUUUAAUUUUCAAGUAAUAUUCUCAGUUAGACAAUGGAGCUCAUAUACCAUGUCAAACUUGGAAUCUUAUUGGUUAGCCAGUCUGUCUGUUGUUUUCUUAAUUUCUGUUAGUUUUUGAAUGGUUUGAUUGUAAUAUGUUCAAAUAGUCAUAAAAUGUAAAAGAAGGCUCUACAUAUCACUAGGAAAUAGGACCAACAGGAUCAAAUCGUUUUCAAAGUUGAAUUUAACAAAGCGAAGAGAAGAUUGCACCAAAUUAAUUAAAUAAAGCAUUUAUUUAUUAUUAUUAAGCGUAUUCUUUUAAGUGAUAAUACCAUAUACAAAGAAAAUGUAUUUAUAAGUUUUUUGACAAUUUCAAACUUUUAGCAAGUUUCACGAUAAUUUUUCUGUAUUUCUGUGAUAAAUUAAGCUACAAAUAGACCAAAGCAAUUUGUAACUCGCUUUUUACAAGACAUUUAUUUCAAUGCAAUAUAAAUUUUAAUUCAGUAGUUGCAAAAUACAUUAUACUAUUUAGUGCUGUAAUGCUGGAAAGGUUAUGUGUGCAAGUUGACACCAUCUUCAGAUGUUCACUGAUUCUCAUGCAUAUUUUGAUGUCUUUUAUUUUUCAAUUUUAUGACAACCUAAAUUGAAUGAAUUGGAAACAUUUCUGCAAAUGCUUGCUACUACUGCUGAAGUGUAUUACUCAUGAGAUGCAUCCUACUGAUUUUCUCUGGUAAGAAAAUAGGUGGUAAUUGUUUGCAACAACUUCUAAAAAUGAUUUUGUAUGUUGUUUACUGUCAUCUGUCUAACCAUAAUUUCCACUGACUGAAGUGGAAGUUGAAACUGCUCCAUUCCUUGGAGUCCUGGAGGCUGCUAAUACACAGUUUCCUAUUUUUCGUAGAGGAAACCUCCCUCUGAACUCAAAGAGUUCUUUUAUAUAGACGCAGGGAUUGAAUUCACACAUCUGUUUUUAAAAGGGGAAAACCAAUAGAUAUGAUGUUUUCUAUACCAGGUCUAUUAUGUGCAACAGAUAGCUUUAGUGUUUCUUUAUAGUCUUAAUAACUCAUCCCAAACAUUGUAGUAAUCAAAGACUCUUUAGUUUUAAGUACUUAAAGUGAUUUAGUCACAGCUAAGUAAUACAUUGGUAAUACAUUGUGUUGUUCUAAGUAGUAAAAGGAUUGUUUAUUUUUUUCCUUUUAAAUUUGCUUGUCUAGUGCUUUAUAUACUUAAUUUUCAAGUGAAAAUCAUGAAGAACGGUGUUACUUAGGAUUAGUGAAUAAUUCUGUUCAUGAAUUACAAGCAUACAGUUGUCUGCCUUUUGAGGGGAGAAUUUCUGUCAAAUAGUUUAAAACAAUAGAAGCCCAAGACAGAAUUCAGCUUAUAAUUGACAAGGAUGAUCCUGAAAGAUUGUGAAAAGCAGAGGAGGUUGAGCGGAGAGAGAGUCAUGUGGUUCUGUCACAGAUUUAGAAGAAUGUUUCCACUGCUGAUAUCCAGUGAUUUUAUUUCUCAUUGCUCCCAUCUGCAGAAAACUCUCACAGAGUGGUUUUAGGCCAACAUAUUUAAGAAACCCAGACAGAAAACUUUAUUAUAUAUACAUUUAAAAAGACACCCCAUCCCCCCCCCAAAAAAAAACAACCAAAAAAUCCACAAAAACCCCUCCAACCUUAUUACAGCUAGGAGAGACCUAUUAGUCCUAGCGGCAUCAAACUUUUGUCCGGAAUUGGUACAGCUCAAAUCCAUAGAAAUGCCAUUUCACAAAUCCUCCAGAGCCAUGAAGCAGUAUUUUGAAAUGGCUGUAGGUUUUCUAGUGCAUAACUGAUUUUUCAGGAUAGACAUGGUCCCAUAAGGAAGGAGGUUAUGUAUAGACAGAACCAGAAUUUAAUGUCACGUUAGAUCCUAUAUCCCAUAUGAUACCAGGUGUGGCAAGUCUAGAGUUUUUAAAAAUGUAUUGCAGUGCUGAGGUCCGUGAAUUCAGGACAUCAUAUGCACAUAACAUUAGUUUAUUUAGUUUUAGAAAUGUUAUAGUGUCAAUAAAUCCCAGCAGGAUGUAUAUGAAGGAGAUACUGUAAUGUUAAGUGUUCCAUGAAUCAUUCAAAGAAGCAUAUCAGUAGUCUGAUAAUGCACAAUUUGGCACAGUGCGUGACAGAGAAAAAUGUGUUAGUUUGAAAUAACUCGUUUUAAUUUUCUAAAAUUCUCUAUUUCAGAACAUGGACAACUUGUGUUUGUGCUGUGAAGAGAUAGCGUUUUUAGGGCGUCUUUUAAAAAAUAAUUUCAACUUCUUUUAAGGAAUCUGUGAGUUGCUGGAUUCUUUUCUUCUUCCUGCCACUGUAAAGUUACUUGUUAAACUUUCAGGAACAAAGUUAUUUUAACAUCCUGCUUCACCUUAACAAAACAAAGCCAGCAAUUCUAAAAGAUUUAUGCAUCUUAUUGCAGCCCAUGAUGCUACUCCUGUGAGUAAGCUUAAAAUGUAUAUGCAAGUGUGCAAGAUCAGGGCUCAAGUCAACAGUAUUCACCAAGUCAUUGGAUGUUUAUGAUAGAAAAUGAGGGAUGAAGUCGUGGGAGGAAAAUAACCUCGUGGUUGUGGGCUACUUAAGUUCUUGUGGCAAAAGAAAAUGGUGUAACUUGAAACUGCUGUUUUUUUCUUCUAGAUGUCUUUUUCCUCCUUUGCCAGCUCUGUGGCGUCUCACUUGCCUGCCUCUUUUUCAGACAGAUAAGAUGCAUUCAAGCGUUAAUCUAAUCUAAAAAACUAAAUUGUGAACUCUAUUGCAUUAAAUGCCAUCUGUGAAAGGUUACUGAGUGCCCUGGCCACUCUGCAGUGAUUGUACUAACAGUGCUGUCUUUCCUGCACUGUUUUACUUAGUACUGCUAUUAGAACUACUUGAUAAUUUUAACUGAAGAAGGCUGAAAUGAGAGAUUCGUAAUGGCUUGAAAUCUGUUCUUAUAAGGACAUCAUUUAAAGUACCCUGGACAACACUGAAGAAAGGCUGUUGGCACUGAGAGGGUAUAAAAGGAACAGCUUUCCCUUGUACCUCAAGGCCAAAUUUAUUUUUUUUAUACCAUCCCUGUUACCUUUACCGUUACCCCACCAAUUUCACGAAGCACAAAGAGACAAAAUGAGGUUUAGUAUUAACCUAAUGAAAUCAUUGUUCACAGAUAUUAUUUAUUAGUGUCAAUAAAGCUCUAGCUGUGUACCUUCAGCUGUAUCAUGCAAAGGCUCAGUUAGUCAAUAAACACCUUGUGUGGCAGCAGGUAGUUCACUUUUCUAUUCCAGUAUGAGACAGAUUUAGUAAUUGGAACCUGCGUGCAAUUUCCAGGCUAUCAAGUAGCACCAGUAUCAGGGAAUGCAACUUUAAGUUAAGAGCCUCUAAGCAAAAGUAAUACUUGCAAUAGUUAUUUCUGUAACCAUAAACAAACGUCAAUGCAGAAAGCAAAACGGAACUAAGAGGAGCUCUCUAGUUAGAGCAGAUGCCUGUAACUGUGCUGUGUAGCUAUGAAGCGAUGCAUGGUUUUAUAUACUUCUAAUAUCAGCAUUGUUUUUUAGCAAUAAAAUACUUGUAAGACUGCAUUUAAAAUAUUGUUGCUUUCAAUGAUAUAUAUGUAAUGUUUUUCUGAUCUGCAU